AUGAGUAAUAAACAAAAAGACUAUUGGACUAGUUUUAUCUCAGGUGGUUGUGCUGGAGUUUGUGCCAAAACUGUCAUCUCUCCGUUCGAAAGAAUCAAAUUGCUAUAUUUGACCAGAUCGACCUAAUUCACUUAUAAAGCAGCUAUCCAAGAUGCAAUAUACGUGUAUCAACAUCAUGGUUUGAUCAACUUCUGGAGAGGCAACCAGGCCAAUGUAUUAAGAAUAUUUCCGCAAUCAGCCAUAAAUUUCUCAACCUUCGAUUACUUAAGAAGAAGAUUUGCUCCGGAUAGGGAGGAUAAGACAAUUAUGAGGAAAAUUAGAUUAUUUUUAUGCGGAUUAACUUCAGGCAUCGUUGCACAAAGUAUAGCCUAUCCGUUUGAUUUUUUACGAACAAGAUUGGCAAUGCAAAAAGAUGCUUUUCUUUACAAAAACAUAUACGAUGCAGCUUUGAAGAUUUAUAAAAUUGAAGGAUUCAUGUCCUUCUAUUCUGGAUUGCCUAUAGGAAUUAUAGGUGUAGGAAUCUAUCAUGGGAGUGGUUUCUUCUCAUUCACAUUGAUGAAGGAAUAUCUGCUUGAAUAAUACCCAUGGGUAGCCAAACACAAAAGCACAGAUUUCGCCAUAGGUGCAAGCGGAGCCAUUAUAGCUUAGGUUCUGGCCUAUCCCUUUGAUAUUGUCAAGAAGAGAAUGUAAGGAUAGAACGUGUUGUUCUAACAGGGAGAGAUUUAAGCAAUGACAUCCACAUGGAUGCAGAUAAAAACAAUUUAUAGAGUUGAGGGAAUCAUCAAAGGGUUUUAUAAAGGAGUAUCACUUAACUUCAUUAAGGCUCCGUUGUCAUCAGGCACCGCAUGGACAGUCAAAAACUCAGUCAACAGGCUACUUAACAAAAAUUAUGAUUUCUGA